CGGAAUUACCACUCUGCAGAUAACAGCAUGGCUAAAUCAGUGACUUGCGCUCUAUUGAUCAUGUUUUUGGACAUUUCUCUACCGUUGGCUGUGGAGGCAGCCGGGGAGUAUUGUCACGGCUGGUCGGACUCGUACAACACCUGGCACCGGGGCUUUCAGUGCCCCGAGAAAUACGACGGUGAGGAAGCGCGCUACUGCUGCGGGACCUGCAGUCUUCGAUAUUGCUGCACAUCCGUCGAGGCCCGUCUUGAUCAGAGCACCUGUGAUCCAGACGACCUCAGCGAUGGCAAAGUCAGGACGAUGACUUCAAAUGUGCCCACGUAUCUGCCGUUUGUGAUUGUGGUGAGUGCAUUCCUGUCCUUUGUGCUGGUCGGGACCGUGGUGUCUGUGUGUUGCUGCCACUGCCUGAAGCCCAAGAGUGCAGAGCGCCACAGCGGGCUCAUGCCUACGCAGACCAGUCUCCUGGAACCAGGAGGGGCCGCCGCAGACAGCCUGACGCCGUCCAGAGACUCCAGCUCCAGCGCCAGCUCUGCGGGCAGGUCCACUGGCAUGACCCGGCCGCCCGGGUCAGACGUUACCAUGAACAUCUACGGGCCCAUGGGGACUAUGUACCCUACGAUGGGGGUGCAGCCGCCACAGCACUUCCCCUCUCCAACCCACAUGCCCGCGCAGUUCUACCAGCCGUACCUGAACUACAGUGUGCCUCCAGAGCACACCAUGAUGACCGCUCCAGCCUUCCUGGACAGUCACUCUGUUUACAGGCAGCCCCACGGACAGACAUUUCAUCAGGCCCCCAUGCACACAGAGCCCAUCUGCCCUGUACUUACUAUUUGAGGACUAAUUUUGGACACUUACGUCAGCUGCCUUGUGACUAAAAAAGUAUAAAUCUGUAAUUGUGCCCACAGUUUAGCCUUAAUGAUUUUUACUGUGGCUGUUGCAUUCUGUCCUCUGUGAGGUUCACUGCAAUUGUUACAUGCUGAGGUUACAAACAGUUUAGUUUAAUUGUUGUUCUAAGUGUCCAGUAAUGUUUCACUGGUUGGCUGUUAUAACUGUGUUAUUCUGAGCAAGCAUGACCUUUUGAACUUUACUUCUGAAUAGAAGAGACACCAUGACCAUUUCU